GUUUCCAUGGAAGCUGAUAUUUGACAACAACCUUGCUGUUGGAAGUGCGCUAGUUCGUUCUCUAUUUUCACCCUGUUAUAUAUUUUAGGUUGUUUUUUGUGAUUUUGCUCGGACAACAUGAUUCCUCCCAACGCAUCGCUCGUGAAAUACGACAAUCCAGUGCUCGUUAGCAGGAAUACCGACAAAAAAACACCGAGGGCUCGUGCUUUGAAAGUCAGUCCACAACAACCAGCAAAUGCAGGUCCUGUUCCAAAUCCACCCCCAAAGGGAGCAAAAUUACCUCCAAUGGACGCACAGAAAGCACAACAAACAGAUGAAAUCUUGAAUUCAAUCCUGCCACCAAGAGAAUGGACAGAGAACGGUCAAUUGUGGGUACAGCAAGUCUCAAGCACUCCAGCCACACGUCUUGAUGUAGUCAACUUACAAGAACAACUUGACCAAAGAUUACAGCAACGUCAAGCAAGAGAAACUGGUAUCUGUCCAGUUAGGAGAGAACUUUAUUCACAAUGUUUUGAUGAACUUAUUCGUCAAGUUACAAUCAACUGUGCAGAACGUGGCUUGUUAUUAUUGAGAGUUCGUGAUGAAAUUAGGAUGACCAUUGCUGCCUAUCAAACCCUCUAUGAGAGCAGUGUUGCAUUUGGUAUGCGUAAAGCCCUACAAGCUGAACAAGGAAAGGCAGAUAUGGAGAAAAAGAUUAGUGAAUUAGAACAAGACAAGAAAGAUUUGGAGCGCCAAGUGAAUGAACUAAAAGCAAAAUGUGAAGCGAUAGAAAAGAGAGAAGCUGAACGUAGACAGGUUGAAGAAAAGAAACAUGCUGAAGAAAUUCAGUUCUUGAAAAGAACUAACCAACAAUUGAAGACACAACUGGAAGGCAUUAUUGCUCCAAAGAAAUAAGCAGGAUAUUAUAAGACUUGAAAGCAGUUAAAACAAACAUGGAGAGACUUAUAUGGCAAUUCCUAGCCUGUUCCAAACUUUUUUUUUCUCUUUGCUGGUCCCGAAAAUCUAUAGCUGAUAGCUAUAUCAUCAUACCGGUAGUUCAGUAUUGUCAGCAAUGAAACACUUAUUCAAUAGCUUUCUAAACCAACUCACAGUGCUGCUACCUUCCUGGAUUUCUUCAGUAAUGAUCUAUAAUUAUUACAGCUCUGGCCUGUUAUGAAAGUACUCCUGGUUUAUACAUUUCUUAGUCCAGAACCUAUAUUGGAUCCCGCUUGAAAGAAACAACGAUCUGAUUAUGAUGAAUCACUGUUUGUUUAGAUGCCGGUUCCACUUUAAUGAAUGUGUAAGUGUCAUUGUCAUGUAUGUAUAAUUUCACAACAUUUGUAAAAAUAACAAAUUAUUAUACUGCAUGUGAUGUUGUAUGGUUGGUUAUGACCCGUUGUAACAUUACGCAAUCAAUUCUCAUAUGAUACAAUUAAAGCAUCACAGUCAUGUGACUAGUCAUGUGACUAGUCAAGUCUAAUGUGAGACAUAUUCAUAUACGUAUAAAAUCUGAACACACUCAUGCUACACGAUUGUGACGUUUUUCAGUGUUUCACUUAUCUUUAUUCAUUUCACUUAUCUUUAUUCAUUUGUGUUGAGAAAUAACCAGUUUGAAACAGGCUAGAUCAAUAAGUUAUUUGUUGUUGACAAAAAAAAAAGAGUAAACAAAAAAAAGAGCAAGUUGUAUUACUGUACAUAAAAUAAUGAUUCAGAAUUGAAUAUUUCACUCACAUGAAUGUAUAUAACAUUGUUGUCAGCCUGUUUUUACUUGAAUUUAAUGUUUGUAGAAUAUUUUUUUUGUUAUUCACUCUAUUCCAAUAAAACCUAAAAU